UUUGCAGACUUCUUUUUGGAGACUGUGCAAAAUUUUCGCAAUGUAGGUUAGUGUCGGCGCUCCGGAGAAAAUUUCAUAGCACAUUUUAUAUUUUGCAAAUAAAGGUGAAGAAGUUGAACGACUUUUUUAACGGUGUGUGGACUAUUUCGGAGAUAUAAAUUUUCGAUUCCAAAGUUCGUAAUAGUACGUACAUAUAUACGUAUAUAUACAAAUUUCUUUGAAAAAUUUGUAGAGUGAAAAAACAUAAUAAUGGGUUUACUGUAUGGAUUGGGGAUUAAAGCCGUAAAUUUUAUUGUUGUAUUUUUAAUUGUAUGUCUUAUACCUGGUUUACCGCCACGUACGACUUUCCCAUUUGUGGGUUUCAAACUUGCAGCCAAUAAAGACUUAAAAGGUGCUUUAGAACCAAAUCAUCAUUUAGACAAUGCGGAACGAUUGCUGAACGGUCGCAUUUAUGGGCCGGAAUGUUUAAUAAAAUCUAGCGGGAAUGACAUUUAUAUGGGUAUUCACGGUGGUGAAGUCAUUAAAGUAAAUGGUGCUCACAUAACGCAUGUCACCAAACUUGGCCAAGCAUGUGAUGUUUUUGAGGAAAAACGCUGCGGUCGACCAUUAGGUUUGGCUUUUGAUACUAAAGGGAAUAAUUUAAUUAUUGCCGAUGCGUAUUAUGGAAUUUGGUUAUUCGAUCUUAAAACUAAAAAGAAACAAUUAUUGGUUUCACCGCUCCAAGAGCUGCCUGGCAAAACAGUCAAUCGUCCCGCAAAAUUAUUUAAUGAUGUUGCCGUUGAUAAAGAUGGGAACAUAUAUUGGACAGAUUCAAGUUCUGACUUUUUAUUACAAGAUUUGGUAUUUACAGCCUUUGCGAAUCCUUCCGGCCGUCUUUUUAAAUACGAUCGUGUAAAAAAUGAAAGUAAAGUACUGCUUGAUAAUUUAUAUUUUGCAAACGGUGUUGCUUUAAGCCCUGAGGAGGAUUUUUUGGUUGUUGCAGAAACAGGAGCAUCGCGCUUAAUGAAAUAUCAUCUUAAAGGCAGCAGUGCUGGUAAAGGCGAGGUCUUUGUCGAAGGUUUGCCUGGAUUGCCCGACAAUUUAACGCCAAACGAAGAUGGAAUUUGGGUUCCGUUAAUUCUCUCUGUGGACAGCCAGAAUCCUAGUCUUUUUGCCAUCUUCUCGGAAUUCCCUAAUUUGCGUUUAUUUUUGGCUCGUAUCUUAUAUUUGUUCGAGGCGCCAUUUCGUGCAUUCAAUAAUAUUUACCCGAACAAAUUUUCGCAACGUUUUGUGCACUUUAUUGGCCACGGCGAAAGUGUCUCUUUUAUGAUUCCGAAACGUUCUACAAUUGUUCGUCUAGAUUGGGAUGGCAAUAUAGUGGGAUCUUUGCAUGGUUUUGAUAAAAGUGUUGGAGCGGCCUGUCAUGUGUUAGAAUUUAAUGAUUAUUUAUAUUUGGGAUCGCCGUUUAAUCGUUUCCUCGUUCGUGUUAAAUCGCCAGUGCCCAAAAAGCCAAUGCUACAAGCCCGGAUAAAUAAUGUGAGAUAUGAAGGCAUGGAAAUUGAACCUUCUUUGAAACCACGAAUGGAAAAGACGACAACAGCGCCACCAGUCGUUACUAAACCUACAGUCACUCAUGCCAGAUCUACUCCGACAACAUCGAAGCCCGUUAUCUCAGCAAAGACAACCGUCGUCCCUUCUGCAAGCACGACGACGACAAGGACGUCAUUAAAAUCGAGCACUACAGAGAAGCCGAGCACAACCAAAACUGUAAAAAGUCCAUCCAUGGAGGGAACUCGAAUACCGAAAGAACCUGCCCCCAUAAAGGAGAAUAUUCCGGCUGAUAAUGUGGCGCCAAAACAGGAAAAACUUAAAGUAAUUAAUAAGCAUGGGAAACAUGUGGAACUUUAAUAAGAUUUUUCAACUUCACAACACCAUAUAUUUCAAAAGCAAAAAUCCUUUACUUAAUGUAAGCAUUGAUAAUUGGGAUUAUCUAUCGAUCUACACAUUCGAAAUUUUAAAAAGUCAAAAGCGAAACGUAUCUUAUGUCAAUGUCAACUGUAUAAGCACGAAGGUAACGAGCUUUAACGAAUACUUAUUAUUAUAUAUACCUUUUUAGUUACAGCAAAGUAAAUGAACUUUAAUUUUUCUUGUCUGCCUAUCCCAAAAAAAAGGAUGAUGAAGAAACAUUUAUUACUCAGCGAAAUGGUUUUGGUUACUGUAGCGCGGGAUGGGGAUUUGGAUCGAUUUAGAUGUAGAUUUUUUUUUAAUUAUAAAUAAAGUCAAGUCCGAUAGUGCACUAUUCAUUGUAUAUCUUUCCGUAACUACCUCGUAGUAGUUAACAAAAAUUAAAGAAAAACUAACUUUUUCCCCUUAAUUAUUCACCAACUUUCAAACUGAUAAGUGCUUAAUUAUUGUUUAUUAAAAAUUGAAAAACAUAUAUUUUAUUUACUUACAAUCAAAGCAAUUAGAAAAUCUAACUCUAAACAU